AUGAAACCUCAAGGAGUCACUGAGGACCACAUCAAGUUGAGAGCCUUCCCUUUCUCUUUGGCAGAUAAGGCUAAAGAUUGGUUAUUUUACCUGCCAUCUGGAUCCAUCACUACGUGGGAAGAAUUGAAGAGAAGAUUCCUCGAGAAAUUUUUCCCUGCCUCUAGAGCCGCCAAUAUAAGGAAAGAAAUAUGUGGAGUUAGGCAGGCAAAUGGGGAAGUUCUAUAUGAGUACUGGGAGCGCUUUAAACAACUGUGUGCAAGCUGCCCACAUCAUCAAAUCCCUGAUCAGCUCUUAAUACAAUAUUUCUACGAGGGAUUAUCACCCAUGGAUAGGAGCAUGUUAGAUGCAGCCAGUGGCGGUGCUCUGGUUAACAAGACCACAGACGAAGCCACGUUAUUGAUCUCCACCAUGGCUGAAAAUUCCCAACAAUUUGGAGUGAGAGCUGAGGGAGCAAUAAGAAGGGUCAAUGAAGUGAAUCACUCUGACUUAGAGGGUAAACUAUCUGAGCUUACCUCUCUGGUACGUCAAAUGGCAAGGGGGCAAUUACAAUCUGUGAAGACUUGUGGUAUCUGUGCUACUCCGGGACACAUGACUGACAUGUGUCCAACUCUCCAGGAGGAUUCACCUGAACAAGCCAACAUAGUGGGAGAUUUUUCUGGACCACCUCCACGAAGGAAUGAUCCUUUUGCACCCACUUACAAUCCAGGGUGGCGAAAUCAUCCUAACUUUAGCUAUGCUUCAAAACCCCCUGGCUUUCAACAACAUUUCCAGCCACGGCCACCAGUGCAACAACCAUCCACUUCCAAUUCAAACAUGUCUCUUGAAGAUAUAGUGAAGUCACUGGCCCAAAGCACGAGUCAAUUACAGCAAGAGGCUCAAAGAUCUCAACAGGAGUCUCACAGAUUUCAACAAGAGACUCGUGCUAGCAUUAGGAAUUUGGAAGUACAGAUGUCUCAAUUGGCAACUUCCAUGAGCAACCUGGAAAAUAGCAAUAGAGGAAAGUUACCAUCUCAAGUAAUUCCUAAUCCCAAGGAGAAUGCCAGUGCAAUGCAAUUACGGAGUGGCAAGGAGGUACAGUCUCCUAGGCGUGCCCACGCCAAAGAAGAAGAAGUGCCCAGGAAGGGGGAAGAGGAAGAUGAGAAACAAUCCUCUGAAGUCUCAAAGAAAGUUGACAUUCCUCCUUUUCCUGGCAGGUUUACAAGAGCCAAAAAGAAAGAAUCUGAGCAAGAGAUUUUGGACACCUUCAGGAAAGUGGAGAUCAAUAUUCCUUUAUUGGAUGCUAUUAGGCAAUUGCCCAAAUAUGCUAAAUUUUUGAAGGGCUUAUGCACUAACCGCAAUAAGUGGAGUCUGGAUGACAAGGUGAAGGUGGGGGAGAAUGUCUCAGCGAUGUUUCAAAGGAAGUUGCCCCAGAAAUGCAAGGAUCCAGGACCCCUCAAAGAAACUAGGGUAAUCAUUCAACUAGCUGACAGGUCGAAUGUCUACCCUGAGGGCCUAGUUGAAGAUGUUCUAGUAAAGGUCAAUGAAUUCAUUUUUCCUGUGGAUUUUUACAUUGUUGAUAUGAAUGAUGCAUACUCUACUGAUUCAGCAGUGAUUCUUUUGGGUAGACCCUUCAUGAGUACAGCAAGGACUAAAAUAGAUGUACAUGAAGGGACUUUAUCUGUGGAAUUUGAUGGAGAGAAGGUCACUUUUAAUAUUUUUGAUGCAAUGAAGCAUCCUGAGGAUACUGAGUCUGUAAAUUUUGUUGGCAUGACUAACACUAUUGUGCAAGAGAAUUUUGAACAGAAUUUCAUGGGGGACAAGUUGGACUUUGUCUUGCAACAAGGCAAGACCAAUUUGGAAGUGGACGACAUGGAGGAGGAGGAAGUCAAAGAAGCUAUCAUGUCCUUACAUUCACUACAUCCGCUUCCAGGCAGGUUUGAAAAUUCUUUUCUACCAUUACCCACUUCUAAUGAAAGGAUUCUACCUUCUGUUCAACAGGCACCUAAUGUGGAAUUGAAGGAACUGCCCCAGCAUUUGAAAUAUGCUUACUUGGGAGAUAACAAGACUUUGCCUGUAAUCAUUGCCAAUGAUUUAACUGCGUUGCAAGAAGAGAGGCUCUUACGGGUCUUACGGGAAUUUAAACCAGCAAUUGGAUGGACGUUAGCAGACAUCAAAGGCAUCAAUCCAUCCAUUUGCAUGCAUCACAUCCUUUGGAGUCGGACGUAA